AUGGAUUCUGCGAAGGAACCACUUAAUUCGUCAAAAAAUCAACUUCAGGAGAAAAUUUCGAAUCUUCCGGAAAAACCGGCAGUAAAAACUAUUGACGAUUUCAUCGAGUUGGGUUUGUACACACUACUGAUAUGCUUUACAUGCGAAUUGAAUAUCUUAGUUCAAGUAUGUACCAUGAUGUACAUGGUUCAUGCAGGUGCUUCACCAGUUAUUACCGGUUGCGGAGACGUCGAUUUUAAUGGAACUGACUGGUGUGAUGGUUUAGCUGAACUACGUAAGGAAACGGGAUGCAUUCCAAAACUUGAGUACCAAUUUUACUCUGUCAAUGUUGAAUAUGAUCGACUUUGUGAGGAUUCAGCAGACGUCAAAAACAGUAUAUCGCUACAAAUGAUUGGUGUUUUAAUUGGAACUGCUAUUUUUGGCCAAAUUAGCGAUGCUGUCGGAAGAAAAUUGUCGCUGAUUUUCUGUUUGAUUGGUAUGAUUAUAUUUGGUUACGUAACUGCAACUGCGAAUACGUUAAGUAUCUUUACUUUGUGGCGAUUUACUGUGGGUCUUUUUUGUGGUGGUCAUCUGGCAGUUUUAAACGUUUAUAUGUUAGAACAAAUACCCCGUAAACAUAGCUUUUGGAUAGCUGGAGUAGUUACUUGGUCACCAAACUUUAUUCUCUUAGCUGUUGUUUCGUAUUAUUCACAAGACUGGAGAACGUAUUCUAAGGCCAUUGCCUUUUUGGAAAUACCAGCGUUGAUGUUCUUGCUAGUCUCAUGCGAAAGUCCUCGUUGGUUUAUGAGGAAAAGAAAAUUUAGCCAAAUGAAGAAAAGUCUUCAAUUUAUGAGGUAUGGGAUAAAGAACAGUGAGAAUACCGAAGAGGAGCUGAAUCGGUUAAUUGAGUAUGAAAACAAAAAAAUUGAAGUCAGCUCCAAGUCACGGUAUUGCAUUUUACACCUAUUCUACACCAAACAACUGGCUAUAUACACAGUAACUUUAAGCUAUGGAUACUUCUUCCUUAAUGUUAUCAAUUACGGUCUAAUGUUUAAUCUUGGUUCUUUAUCUGGUUCUAUUUACUGGAAUGCAGCGUAUUAUGGUGUGCUCCGAUGGAGCUUGAAUAUUCUAACUGGUCUUAUAGAUCUUAUUUUUAAACAGUGCGGUCGGAAAAUUGUUCAACUAUUUUCUAAUGCCCUGAUUAUAGUGUCUUUAUUGAUCAUGUUUGGAAUCCUUGCAUAUAACGCUACUGAGCAGAUGCACCUUCUACUCCGAUUUGAUACACUAGGAGCUGCAGCGCUAACUUCACAAAAUUAUGUUAUUAAAAACGUAGUAGUGGUGGAACUUUAUCCAACUGCUAUAAGGAAUACUGCUUACGCAUUUACAGGACUAGCUGCUACAAUUGGGACAAUGCUUGCUUCUCAGAUAUUCUUACUGAGCGGGAUUUGGUCGGCGCUACCGUAUCUAUCGAUGGUUACAAUGGCUUUUGUAGAAUUGCUCGGAUUCCAGUUUCUCAUUCCGGAGACUAAACAUGCUACUAUGAUGGAUCAACUUCCGCGGAGAAGCAAGAAAUAA